GGCACAUACUGGCCUGGAAUAAACCAGGGUCCCGUUGUACAAAGCGAUCUUAGCGCUGAGGUGAUCAUACCUUAAGUACAGCGGCACCUGGUCCAUGGGAAAACGAUACCAACCUGUCGGAAACGAGUCCCCGUUGAUCGUCCUUACAAGCUGACAUAUCAAAUUCCAACCACGUGAAGCACAUUUAAAUCGCUCCAGCCUUGAUCUGGGAACCUUGUUUCGGCAUGCUCGCCUUGAUAUUUCGCGUUAGUUGAGCCCUUUCUGUAUACAGGUCAGACGUUUGGAUGCACGGUUGAUGCAUGACAAUACAUCUAAACAUGACGACCCACGUGGAAGACGAUGUCGUAAUGGAAGACGAUGUCGUAAUGGAAAUGGACGAUUUUAAAAGGCUGCAUUACAGAGUGAAUGAGAACCCACCGAUUUACCUUAGCCUUCUAUUUGGUAUUCAGCAAAGUAUGCUGUCCUUAUCCAAGAGCUUGACUGUGUGCAUCCUUGUGGCCGAGUUAGUAUGUUCAGACAAAGACGAACACAUGAAAACAAAACUCUUCUCCUCUACCCUGUUGAUGUCAGGGAUCUGCACAUUAUUGCAAAGCACCGUUGGAAUACGCUUGCCACUGUAUCAAGGACCAUCCGCGGCCUAUGUGGUACCUCUCCUGGCACUGGCUCCACUGAAGGAAUGGCGGUGCCCAGAUUUGACCAACUUUGGGCCGGCCAACUUCAGUUUGACCAACUCCAGCGACGUGGACGCUCUAUACAGGGAACACGUCAUCAUCCCUAAAAUCCAACUGCUGAGUGGGAGUCUCCUUGUGGCUGGAUGCAUCCACACCAUUGUUGGACUGACGGGUAUGGUAGGGGCGGUACUCCGGUUUAUUGGCCCCCUUACAGUGGUCCCCGCCAUAACACUCAUCGGAAUCUUCAUGGUCAAGGCAUUGGUGAAGUUCAUAUCCACACAAUGGGGAGUUGGUCUAUUGACGACGAUAACUGCCGUCGUGCUGUCCCUGUACCUUGCUCCCUACAACACACCUAUACCCUGUUGGGGAAGAAAACGAGGCUUCUUUAUCAAGAAAUACCCACUACACAAAGUCUUCUCGAUAUUGAUCGCGAUGAUGGUUGGUUGGAUUGUAAGCCUCAUCUUGACGGAGAUGGGCGUGUUCACAUCAGAUCCGAACAUUCGCCAAUACCUGGCCAGGACGGACGCCCGGACACACAUCAUCACUGAAAUUGGAUGGUUCUCCAUUCCGUAUCCAGGUCAGUUUGGUCCUCCAAAUAUGAACGUUGGCGUCUUCGCCAGUUUCCUCAUCGCAACGUUUCUCUCCAUCAUCGACUCUCUUGGGGAUUAUUACGCAUGCGCUAAGGUGUGUCAAGAGCCCGCACCUCCCUCCCAUGCAGUCAACCGUGGUAUAUGUAUGGAAGGAGUCGCUUCUACCCUUUCAGGAGCAAUGGGAAUUGGCCACGCAACGUCAACUAUUGGCGGAAACAUCGGCGCAAUAGGAGUCACCAGGGUUGCGAGCCGGCGCGUGUUUCAGGCGGUAGGCUUGAUUUACAUCGUGUUCGGCAUUGUGGGGAAAAUAGGAGCCUUCUUCAUCUCCAUCCCCUACUCGGUGCUCGGUGGAAUUCAGAUCGUCAACUUCGGUAUCCUCUUUGGCGUCGUUCUAUCCAACCUCUCCUUGGUCGACCUGAACUCUGUCCGCAAUGUGUCCAUCCUCGGCAUCUCCUUGAUGAUGGGCCUGAUGAUUCCUCACUGGACACAACACAACCCAGACACAGCAGCCACAGGUAGUGAACAAGCUGACAGUGUAAUUAGAAGUCUUCUCAGUAAUCCUGCAAUCAUUGGAGGAGGCCUCGCCUGUUUCCUUGACAACACGUGCCCAGGGACUUUAAAGGAACGGGGACUCGUCGGCUGGCAGGUGGACAUGGUGGAAGAUACGGAAGCAACUGAUGACGAAAUGGCCUCAAAUAAAGAUGCAUUCAGCAAUGAAGUUCAAAACAAAGGCGAUAACACGACAGAGGAGGGCACGGUAUACGACAUCCCGUUUCUGCCGUUGUCGUGGAAGACAUCACGUUGGUUUAAGAAAAUCCCCAUUUUACCCGGAUACAAGCAGAGACGUGGGGGUGGAAUUUUCAAAAAAUGUCAGAAACAUAACUGACAAUGACGAUAUUCAUUAUGGGAGGAGAGUGGUGCAUGUUCAAUGUAGUCAGACGGCUGUUUACUUUAUCUUGCUUAUGGGGAUGAUUUAGACCUGCCUUGAUAGAGUUCGAGAUUUCGUUCCAGUGAUCAUCCAUUCUGAGAGGCAGCAGAGUUGCGUCCCUUUGGCGUGUCAGAAUCCUAUGAUCGUGGGUACAGAUUCGCCACGACCAUGUUUUUUGGUUUGUCAGCACACUGAAGCUUAAAUACUGUUCAAGGAAGCAUGAAACCAAACUCAGUCACUCACUCACCCACCUUAUACAUGAUUAAGGCAUAAACAGCGUGUGUUAUCAAA